AUGGCGAGCCAAAAAUGGCUCUUCUUCCUUCACAUUCUACUCCACUUAUCACUCCUCAAUUAUUCCAUCCCUCUCGACUCGAAAUCGGCUGGCUUCACCCAAAAACUCACCCGACGAGACUCGAACGACUUCUCCGAAUUCUCGACUUUCAAUAACUAUUUCCCGAACACAAUCCGCCCGAGAAUCACCCGAACAGCUUCGAUUUUCAAGGCCGAGGCCACAAUCGGCGCUCCCCCAAUCCCCAAAUCCUUCAUAUUCGACCCGGGCAGCGACCUGACCUGGACAAAAUGCACUCCAUGCAUCAACUGCUUCAAACAAGACUUCCCGCUUUUUGACCCGAAAAAAUCCAAAACCUACCUCAAACUCCCUUCGAACCACUCUUCGGUAAAAUACUUCGAAAAAUCGAAAAACAGAAGUUUUAUCUUCAGAAUACUCUACGGCUCGGGCAAAUCGGCCUCCGGCACGGUCUCGAUGGAAAGCUUCGGUUUUCCAUCCCGAAACAGAAAGUUUUGA